AUGUUUAAGCCUACGCAAAGCCUAUUUGGAGGUCUCCUCUGGAAGACCCCUUGGCGUCUCUCUGCGCCGCAAAAGGCCCGGCAGCGCAAGCGUCUGCGCGCUGUGGACAAUGUCGUCGAUACCGUUAGUGCUGCCCUAGAGCGCACUGGUCAGACUUCAAAGGCUGUUGCCCGGUGGUAUGCGGAGAUGCCACGAGAGGAGGAGAUGCUGCCCAAGGACAAGUACACUCUCUUCGACAAGAAAGAGAAGACUUACCGGAAGGGUAUUCACAAGCUACCCAAGUGGACUCGCGUCAGUCAGCGCGUGAACCCUCCUGGUUUCUAA